GGUCACGAGGGCGCGGAGGGCUAGUAGCUAAGCCGCCGCCAUGUUGGGUAUGUGUGUGACAGUCGGCCCCCGCGGUGGAGAAGCCAUGCGAGGGCCUGCAACAUAGCGAGCCCGGAGGCGGCGUGGGCGGCGGGCGCAGCGCGGCCUCCACGGGCGGCGGCUGCGUGGGCUGCGGCGGCGGAGCGCUGCGGACGCGGCCACCGGCGGCUGCUGGGCGCUGCGAGGCCCCGCCAUGUGCGACAUCAAGGGCCUGCCGCACUACCCCGCGUGCGGCUGCCUCUUCAACCAUGUCGCCUCCGCCACGGACAAGCGCAAGAUCAUGGAGGGGUCAAAUGGAGUCGGGGCAGAAUUGGCUGCUUCCCCUCGGCGACAGGUGGCUGGUCCAUCGCGGGCCCGCGACCCUCCCAGCAUGGUCGUGCAAGGGGACUUCCGCAAGGUGAGCGGUAUCAGCACAGAGAUCUUCCGCCAAAUCGAAACCGUCGAGAACGACCACGAUGCGUCGACGGCAGCGGCUCUCGAGGCGGUGGAGCGACGAGGGGAGAUGGUCGUGCGCCUGCUGGACCCGCGCACGCUCAGCAAGGGGGCCUACGACCAGGCGAAGCGGUUCUUAGCCCUGCAGAAUGUGAAGUUUAGCGUGCAGAUGGUGGAGAUCGUGAAGCGGCCGGGCCAGACCCUCGGCCUGUACAUCCGCGAGGGCAACGGCGCCGACCGCGCGGAGGGCGUCUUCAUCUCCCGCAUCGCGCUCGAGUCGCCCGUCUACAACAGCGGCUGCCUGCGCGUCGGCGACGAGAUCCUGGCCGUGAACCUGGUGGACGUGACGCGCAUGGGGCUCGACGACGUCGUCAUCAUCAUGAGCAUCCCGCGGCGCCUGCUGCUCACCACCGCUCGCGGCGCGGCGGCGAGGGCGCCGCCGUCGCCGCAGCCGCGCCACGAACCCAAGCCGCCGCCGGUGGUCGUCAUCAAGAAGGAGUACGAGGAGGAGCCGCUGGACGACUCCAACAGCAACGGCGAGAUGCUGCGGCUGGGCGCCAUGGGCCGCCCGCCGCCGCCGCCCUCGCGCCCGCCGCCCGGCGUGCCUCCGUCGCAGGAAUCGCGCUUCAGCACACUGCCGCGCUACCGCCCGCCCGAGAACAUGUCGGCGCUGCGGCACGAGGAGCCGCUGCUGUACUACGGCACCAGAGGCAUCCCGCCCAAGGGGCCGUACGGCGUGCCCCAGCAGGGGCCCCCGGGCGUGCCCCCCGGCGCAAUGGGACCGCACGCCACGCACCCCGGCUACCAGCCCCGCAGCGCGCGCCAGGCCAGCGUGCCGCUGCCGCCGUACGGGCCGCCGCCGCGGCCGCCGCUCGGCUCCGACAUCGAGCGCUACUACCAGCCGCCGCCGCCCGUGAUCACGGAGCAGCCGCGGCCGCAGCAGCAGCAGCACUUCACGCCGUACGAGCGCUCGUACCCGAAGACGCUAGAGUCGCUGGCGGAGCGCGUGCACUCGUUUUACGGGCCGCCCGGCACGGAGCCCCCCAUGGCCGUGCCGCCGCGCCAGGACCGCUCGCGCGAGCCGCCCAUGUACGGCACGCUGGGCCGCACCACCACCGUGGGGCGGCCCCGCCUGGCGCGCACGCUCAGCGACCAGCGGCUUCCGGCGACGGAGCGCGAGAGCCUCAGCGACUACGAGGGCAGCGGCCCGUCCGCGCGCCGCAUCAAGGCGUCCACGCUGCAGUACCCGUCGGGCGCGCAGGUCACGGACCGCGCCACGCUCGAGCGCUACCAGGAGACCAUGCGGCGCCUGAGCGCACUGCGCCAGAGGACGCGCUCAGUGGACUACGCCAGCGACACGGAAGUCACGCUGCCCCGCUCGUCGCUGCUGGCGCGGGCGAGGGGCACCCACCACGUGCCCGCAGGCGGGGCCGCGGCCGCGCGCUCCAACUCCCUGCCGCGCCACUCGCGCCACCGCGGCGGCUCCCACGUGCGCUUCGAGGCGCGCGGAGGCCCCGCGGUGAGCGAGGACGAAAGCGACGGCGCCGUCAGUGCCCCGGAGAUGCCCACGGGCACCGAGAGAG